UUUUUGAAUUCUAAAAGCCUGGCACUCCACAAUAAACCCUAAUCUUCUUCUUUAGUUCAGUACUCUUCUUGUAAAAAAAUAUCUAGCCUAACUCUCCAAUGGACCGCAAAGUCCCUCUUCCACCACAACAUCAGGUUUUCAUCAAUUUCCGUGGGGAUGAGCUGCGAAAAAACUUCAUCAGCCAUCUCGUGGAGGCCCUUCAAAGAAAUGAGAUCAACUUCUUCACAGACAAGCAGGAGAAAAAAGGUGAAGAUUUAAGCAAUCUUUUUAAUAGAAUCGAGGAGUCAAAGAUAGCACUAGCCGUUUUCUCGAAAAGGUACACGGAAUCAAGAUGGUGCUUAGAUGAGCUUGUGAAGAUUAAAGAACGUGCAGAUCUAGGCAAGCUCAAGGUGCUUCCCAUCUUCUACAAUGUGACUACAGACAAUGUGAAAUAUCUUACUGAAGAAUUUGGCUCCAAUCUUGAGCGUCAUCAGUCUCCGCAUGAGCAAAACAAGAUCGGUAAAUGGAAAGAGGCGUUAGCAUGUAUCUCUUGUAAGCUUGGGUGUCCGUUCAUAGAUAAUAACGGUUUUAGCAGCAGCACAGAGAGGGAGUUCAUCGACAGUAUCGUCAAGAACGUAUUGGAAAUGCUACAAGACAUUUCCUCGGCGCGAACCCCAAAUUCUUCUAGAAGCAAGCCUGUCGAAAGAGGAGAAGUUUCUUCAAAGACAACAAAGAGUUCUAAGAAAGCCUUGAAGGACUCACACUCAAAGGGAAACCUAGUGAGUCCACCUAAUGAGUACGUAGGCUUUAACGGUUUUCCAGUUAGAUAUGGAAACCAGGAAUCUGCGAGAAGGGGGGGAGAUUCUACAUCUAUGACUAAAAACUCUAAACCCAUCAAGCCUUCUAACAAAGACCUCUCUUGCUCGGAACUUCGACUUAGUCAUGGCUCAGAUUCCACCGAGACGAGACCGACAUAUAACGGCUUUCCAAUUAGAUAUGGCAAACCAUGAAUCUGCUGGAAGGGAAGAUUCUUCGUCUAUAUAUGGUUUAAUUUGCAACAUGUUUUGAGAUUUCCCUGUUAUUAAUAAUCAACGUUGGUCUGAUAUUAACUAACAUGUAUUGUUACUUUA